CGCCCCGCCCCAAGCGGGGCUGGGACUGGGGCUGGGCCGGGCAGGGUGUAGGGGAGGCAGGACGGACAGACAGACCGACAAGUAGAGCGGCUGACAGACGGACAGACAGACCGACAGACAGCGGCCGGUCACGCUGCUGACAGGGCUAUGGCAGACGGCUUCUCUCUCGCUGACGCCUUGGCCACCAGCAACAACCCCAACCCCAACGCCCCCAUGCCCCAUGGCUGGCCCUCCCCUGCCUGGGGGAACCAACCGGCACCCGGGCCGUAUCCUGGGGCUCCAGGGCCGUAUCCUGGGGCUCCAGGGCCAUAUCCUGGGGCUCCAGGGGCAUAUCCUGGAGCACCAGGGGCAUAUCCUGGAGCACCAGGGGCAUAUCCUGGGGCUCCAGGGUCAUAUCCUGGGGCUCCAGGGCCGUAUCCUGGAGCACCGGGGCCGCAUCAUGGACAACCAGGGCCACAUCAAGGACCACCAGGACCGCAUCCUGGACAACCAGGGCAGUAUCCUGGAGCACCGGGGCCACAUGCCAUAGGAACACCAGCGGUACCAGGGAUGGUUCCUCCAAUGAAAAUCCCCUUCGAGCUGCCCCUGCCUGCAGGACUCAUGCCUCGGCUGCUCAUAACCAUCACGGGGACGGUGAAGCCAAACCCCGACAGAUUUUCACUGGAUUUCAAGAGGGGGGAAGACGUUGCCUUCCACUUCAAUCCCCGUUUCAACGAAGAUAACAGAAGAGUCAUCGUCUGCAAUUCAAAGUUCCAUAACAACUGGGGAAAGGAGGAUAGAUCAGCUCCUAGAUUUCCCUUCGAGCCUGGAACUCCUUUCAAGCUCCAGAUUCUCUGCGAGGGGGAUCACUUCAAGAUAGCAGUCAACGACGCUCACUUGAUGCAGUACAACUUCCGUGAGAAGCGGCUGAAUGAGAUCACCCAGCUGUGCAUCAACGGGGACAUCACUCUCACCAGCGUGCUGACUACCAUGAUAUAAUGAAGGUGUAGUUUUAUCACAAACUUAGCACUCAUUAUAAGGUUAUAACAGGGCGUAAGGUUGGUGCUGUACACAAAUAUUUUGAGGCAAUAAAAUACUUUCACAAGUAAAAUUA